AUGUUUAAACUAUCGAUCAUUUUGAAUUUGAUUGGCUUCAUAUCGAGCUCGUAUUUAGAAGCUGAAUCGAAUUACAGAAAACCGAAAUUGGAGCGAAAUAAUAUUGUGAAUAAAGGCCUGUGGGUGAGGAACCAAGAAAAAAGGCCCACUGCUGGGUCUUUCAUCUUUAGGGCUAAUUCUCUCGAUGUCGAUACACUUCUUCAAGGUAAGCAGAAACAACUAUUACGAGAAAAUUUAAAUAAAUGCACUAACAGCAAGGAAUGCUCAACAAACAGUGCAUCGAUGCAGUCGAAUUUAAUUAAAAAGCUGAAACCAUCCUUCUUUAAAGACUACCCCUAUAAUAUUGCUAUCAUUUUAAAUAAACCGAAAAACAAUGUAAAUGCACAAAACAUUAAAAAUACCAUGAAUAAAAAGAGACAUUCCAGAGGAAGUCAAGUUCCUAGAGAUACACUACCACCAAAGAAGUUAGAGGUAUUCAUUCGAGAGUCUAAUACUACAAAGCCCAAUAGAACAUUAAAUACAAGAAGCAUGUAUGAUGAUUAUAAUUUACGGGAUGAAAAGAAGGUUGAGAUCACGGAAUCUAUAGACAAUAUUGAUAAUGAUAUAAAGUUGGAUAGAAGUAUUUUUGAAAAGAAGAAAAACAUAGCCUGGCAAACUGCACCCAUUAAUGCUUAUCAAAUUCUACCAAAUGACAAAGAAGAACGAAACAAACCAAUAUCCGAAAGAGGGCUCAUUAAAGUUCUCUCAAUGUUAACGAAAACAUUCAAAAAGAUUAUGAAACAACACAGUGACAUUAAGAAUAUUCACAAACAGUUGCAUGCUCUUAAAGACGAAUUUGAAAUAAACGUCAAAGACCUAAACAAAAAAUUUCUAGAUUUUGAUGUGAAGUACGCGGAAAUAUUGAAAAUAAACACGGAAUUGACGGGACUAGAGGAUAAAAUGAAAACGAAAGAACAACAUUUCGCCGAAAGAGAAAGAGAGUUAUCAAAGAAUCUAUUGGGCUUUGAGAAUCAGCAGCGGAAAUUUUUAGCGCAGCAAAAACAAUUUUACACCGUACAAAAGCUGAUGCUGGAGGAGAAUGAUAAGAUAAAUAUAAAACAGAACUCGAUAGCUAAGACGCAAAGCGAAAUAUCACAGAAGCAAAACAAUUUCGCACGUCUCUUUAUGAAAAUGCAACAAAUAAAUAAGAAUAAGCCACUGGGCGCUCUCAACCAAGGCAUACAAAAACCUAAACAUAAAGAAGUGAAACACCAAAUCAAAACCAUAACGACCACUCCAGUUACUACAGAAUCGGUUAAAAUCAACCUACUUUCCAUACCUGACGCGGCUCCAAUUAAAAACUACGAUAAGCUCAUCCUGAACGAGAAAGACGACCAAAAUAUUGAUGACCUGAUAUACAAAUACUAUUUCAACAACACCUUCAUCGAUGAUAUCAUGAGAAAUAAGAUCUUGGCCAGCUUCUCAUCUGAAAAAAGAGCUAUCAAUAAAAAGAACAAAAGAGAAGAAGUACCCAAUGACAAAACCACUAUUUUGCUACCUGUUGACAGCAUAGGGGCUAGAGUUAUAGUAAAUAAAAAGGUUCAGAGAGAAAGGCGAUGGAUAAAACAUACAAGAAGGAACGAUAAACGAAAGGCUAGAAUUCCGUCAACUACUGUCCUCACACCUCUUCCCAGCGUUAUAAAAGAAAAGAGUUUUAGUGAUAAACUAGAUCCCUUUAUUACAAUGGCGACAAGUUUUUGCAAUGAAAUAGGACAAAAUGCUACAACGCAAAUCCUAAGAUGGUGUGUUGAGAAAGCACUGAGGCGUUUACAAAUUAUGAAUAAGUUUGAGGAGCAAGUUACACCUCCUACUGAAACUUUGAAGAAAGGAACGACUAAUAUCAUUAACAACGUCUUUGAUCUAAGAAGUUUAGAACUGGUGCAGGACAACGAAGGAACAGUUUAUUUCGAUGGAAGUUUACAUUCAAGUGACCUCGCUAGAAUUGGUAAAAUUGUUACCGAAGACAGCGAAGGUUUCUCCGAUAUAAUGCCAGGGCUGGACAGCAAUUCCAGGGUCGAAGUAGAUCCAAUGGCUUUCGACUUCCAAGCGCAAAGACGCGAUAACGUACGGAGCACACCAGUCGAAAAUUUUGCAUAUAAAAAUAACCAAUACAUUUUUAUCGCAUCUGAAAGGAGUUUAUUUUUAGAUGGCAGUAAAGAAUCUAUUUUCAACGCGGAGCAAAGAUUCACGAAAAGGGACGAAAACACAAAUGAAAUAUAUAACGACGAGAUAAACGAUGAUGAGAAUGACCUGUAUAGAAAUAAAAGAUCUCUAGAAGAACUUGAUAAGGAAGAAUCUAAAAAGACUGUCGAAGAAAAGAGCGAGGCUAUAAAGCUGACUAAUGCGGAACGAAGCAGGGAAAUCAUUGAUACAGACAACGACAACAUGUUACAUCUAGCAAUGCAUAAUAUAUUGUUACAAGGCAUCAUAGGUCACAUGGAUCUUAACGAUGUAUAUAAGAAAGUUCAUUUGUUAAUUAAGAACUUUUACGAACAAAACAAAACUGAUAAACCACAGAAGAUAAAAGUGAAUUCUAAUAUUGAUAAAGCGGAGGAGUUUAACAAAAAUAAGGAAGAGAUACAAUUUUUUGAAGAGUUAUUAAAAUGUAAAACAUUAAAUGACCAAAUAAAAAACGUCAAAAACGAUACUCGAGUGAACAAUAAAGAACCCAAAAUAUUUAUAAAAACUAUUAUUGAAAUAAACGAAAACCAAAAAAUUAAAAAGAGAAACGAUACAAAGUCCAAAGAUAUCAUUGGCCUUAUAAAGUUAAUUUACAAUGGAAAAUCUAUUAAAGUGCAAAAAAUGGAAGACGAAGAAACUAUAACAGAUAAUAAGGAGUUUGAUAUGAAAAAUGAUGAUAAAAAAGCUAUAUCCACUACUCAACAUACACAAUUAAUAAAUGUAGAUGAUAAGUUAGAUGUAACUCCAGCCAAUAAGCUUAAAGUAAAACAAAACCCUUAUGGCAAUUAUCCUUACUCGAAUCCCAUGUGGAACACAAUAAUGGAAAAGUAUCUAAAAGAAAACCAUCCCGUUGAAAUACAUGAAGAUGAUAUAGAUUUAAAUAAAUUGAAGUAUAAUCGACAUAAAAGACAAAUCAAAAUCAACUACGGUGAUGAGGAAUCGACGACAUCCAAAACAAAAUCUGGCCAGAAAGUAAACAAAGAUGACGAAGAAUUAUACAUUGAAAUUGAAACUCAUUUCGACGGAAAAGGAAUAAAAGGGGAAAAGAAAAAGAAACUAGUUCGAAACCUUAUUGACAAAAUACAAAAAGCUAUUCAUGACGAUAAUGAAGCGAUCAAUAGGAAAAAAGUGUUUAGUCAUAUAAAAGUAAAAAAAAGAAAUCAGGAUCCGAUAAAAUCAAAAAAUGAUUUCUUCGCUUCAAACAUUAUCCCAGCCAUGCACGAUAUAGAACACAGGCAAGUAGAUCCUAUUGGUAAAGUUUUACCACCCAUACAAGAUAUUUUAGAUAGUUACGGCAAUAGAUUUUGGAAUCAGAAAUUUCCCGGCCCGGCCUAUUUAUCAGGAAAAUCUGUAAAUUCUGCAGAAAUGGGAAAACUUAUUGUGAACUACGACAGCAUUGAUAACGGUAUACCUAAAAGAGAACAAAAACCGAUCAAUGUCGAUCCUGAUAUAAUACCUAACGUUGAUGACAUAAACAAUGUUACGUUUUAUCUCAAAGAUAUCGAUGGCUCUGGAUUCUCUAUAGGAUUAAAUCAAUAUGUAGAUGAACCGCCUGAUAUGGAAAGCUUAAAGCUAUUUAAUGGCUUAGAAAAUCUCAUUCAGGAAUAUCAUAAAACUUACGAUGAAAACUCUAACACUAUUGUCAAAACCGAUAACGAUCCACAAGAGGGACAAUAUAUUAAGAGGAAACAGGAAAGCAUAAAAAAUAGUCAUGAUAUUACUAGACGUAGUGUUGAUUCUGAUUUGAAUUCAUACAAGAUGUUAGUGAAAGAGCUAAUUUUUCCUCCCAAUUCUCAAAAACGCACACAAAUGAAAUUCUUAAAACAUAGCCGGUAUGCUAAUUUCAACCAUAGUUAUCGCCCCAUAUCUGAUUCUAUGAAUAUAAUAUCAAACCCAAUAAAUAUUAAAGAUUUAUCUGUAUCGUUCGUGAACAAUUUUUAUAACGAAAAUCGCCACAGAUCUAGUGUAUUAUCAAGACAAAAGAGAUCGCUAAAAGUAAAAAAAAUAUCUAAUCUAAAAUCUAAGAUGAAAUUAAGUAGAGUUAUUAAUACAAAAACAAUGAUUCAGAAGAGAAUAUUUAACAACAAAAAACGGAAUAAAAGGCAAGUCAACAAAAUAAGAAUUAUAGCAAGAGAUAGAAAUCAACCUGAAAAGAACUCGGAUGAGGGUAAUAUAUUUUUAGUAUCUCCUAAUAAUUUCUACUCUGAAAGAAAACAAUUUCAAAAAGGAAAUACACCGGACACAGUUGCAAGCGAAACACAAGAUGGCGACACAGUGCCGUUCGCUGAGUUAUUUAAUUUGAAUUAUCCUAACCAACAAAUUAAUGAAGACGACCAAAAUGAUCCGUCUUUAACCAUGCCGAAAUAUCCCCACAUUUUCUAUGAAGAAGUCCAAAAAUCGAAAGAGAAUUCUAACGAAGAAGCGGUAACAUUAAAACCAUAUAGGAUUCAAGCAAGGUCGAAUCCUAGGCGAGAUGCUAGUAACCGAAAUAAUAAUAUUCCUGUGACUGGUUUUUCAAAUCGUAAACCAACAGGUGUUGAAGAAAUUGUUAACGCUAUUUUACCACCGAAAUCGAAUUACAGAGUUACCGUUAAAAUUUCACCCAAAAAUAACUCUGACGUGCAUUCUGGUUUCAAAGAAGUGCAUACGAGUGUUAACAAAAGUUAUGAUCGCAAUGGAGUUCGCUAUUUUUCGCUUCUCAAUGUGUCCGAGAUAUCAAAAGUCGAGAACCUUAGUGAUAGUAAAUAUAGUAUACAUUCAGAUCCUCGAAGGCAUAUCCCCGUAUCGUCCAAUAAGGAAGUGGAAGAAAAAGAAAAACAAAUGAAGCUACUAUUCACAUUACACAAAAAGAGAGUUGAUUCUCAGUUAAACAAUUUAAAAAAGGAAAGGGUGUUUCUCGAACACUUACUAGAUAAUAAAAAUGAUUUUCAUCAAAACUUAAGAAUAGUUGAUAACAAUGAAAAUGCAAAAGGAGCUGAUGAUUUUAUUAAUAUAUUAAAGAAAAUUGAAAAUCGUGAGGAACGCGCGCCUAUAACUACAAUAAAGUCUGUAACACAUUUAGUACCUGUAAUCUUUACAACAACAAAACCCACACCAAUAGAAGAUGGUGCGGAGAAGAGAAUUUUGAUAGAAACAAUUAAACACAAUGAAAACACUACCAAAGAGAUAUUGAAAAAGAUCGACGUCAAUACAGAAAUACUAAAAGAAUUCCUUCACAAAUUUACCAGUCAUUUAGAAGUGACGACAGACAAGAGUACUGGACAUAUAGAUCCAGGCGAAUGGAAAAGUCGGGCGUUAAACCAAUAUCAGCAACCUAACUUCAGAAAUAGUUCCCAAAAUAGACCAUACAUUUAUUCAUUUCCAAAUCCAAUCAAUGGAAAGACUUCAGAACCCUCUCAACUCCAAGAACAGGUCACAACCGUACUGCUUAUAUUUGAGCUGAAUCGGAGCUGUGCAUAUAGUCUGCAAAAAGUCAACGGCAAUAACACAGAGAUAUUUGAGCUAAAACAGCUGCCAAACGAUGCUGUUGAGUUUAUUAAUUCAAAGCCAGAGGAGCCGACGAUACGUGAGAUUGUGUAUUAUCGAAUUGUAGAAACACCGUACGAUGGGCAAAAGAAGAAAAAGGUAUCAUCAUCAGAGUCUUCAGUGCAGGGACCCGAUUUCGACCAGUCAGUAAGACCGUUUACCAACGGCCAGGGGUACCAAUUCCUCGACUCAGGGAGAAAGAAGUUGCAAGCCGAAAUACCGAGUGCGGGAAAUGUGAAAUACGAAGAACCGAAAAGAAACGAGAAACCGAGCAGUAAACGAAGAAAAAGAGAAAUUGGCGCAAGGAAUAUACCACCAGCGCCAAGUAUACCUUUCUCCCUAUCUGGUCUCCCUGACUAUCUGCGAAAGUUUUAUGAGGAAUCACUAAAUUUACCCAUAGACAAUAAACCAAGAAACAACAUUGUCUAUACAAAUAAUGUACCAAUGCAGGAGAACAAAAAACAUUUGAGAACGAAUAAAAUUAAGAAGCUGAAAGCAAACUUAGACCCACCAUUUUCAAAAGAUGCAUCUACUUACGGUAUGGAUCUACAUGGUAGUCAGGGUGUAGUUUGGAACAAUCUGGAACAACCGUUCGUAAAUCAAGACACGAUAAAACAUUUCAAGGAAAAAUUAGAACAUUAUGACGACCCUGAAGAUCAAAAGCAUAAAUCGGAUAUCCAAGAACGAAACGAAUCCGAAGCAAAUAAUGAAAGCGGGAACGAUGAUUUACCCUAUUUAACUAGUACUGGCGUGGAAAUACCACCAGCCCCAAAAAUUUUGGAACCAAGGUAUGAUGAACCGGAAUAUAUGCAGUCAAUUGCAGCUGAAGCAUCAAAUAAUAAUAAUCCAUCUAAAAAUAAGAAGCCAAAGACGAAAUUUCCAAAGAAAUUAAAUAACAGAUUGAAAGGUGAACGGAUUAAACAAUCUGGUUAUAUAAAACCGGAUUCUUUUAAGAAUCCACCAAAGAACGCUUUUACAAAUAAUAACAAGUUAAGGAGAAUUGCAGAAAAUACUUCAUCUAAAGAGCAGAUGGCACGGAACGAUGAAGUUGUAAAUACUGAACCGGCUUUUAUUAAUGAUAAUGAAAACGAAGAUAACAACAGAAACAUAUAUAAAAAUUCAAAAGUAAGUGGUCCUAACCAAAACCAAAGCACACAGCAGGAACUUCCUUCGAUCAACACGAAUCAAAACGAAAAUAAGGCAAAAGAUACUUACUACGACAGAGUAAAAAAAUCAUUUGCAAAUCUAUUGAAUCAAAUUUCACCGUUUAACCAAAAUCCUGCUAGUGUCAGUGGUGAAAGACCUGAAGUUACCACAAAAAUAUAUGUAAAUCAAAAGGCAAAAGAUAACGUCAAGAAAAAUAAACAAAAAAAUAUAAGACCUAAUAAAAUGCCAAUAGAAGAUAACACCACAACUAAACCUACAAGAGUAACAAGACCUAACAGUAAUAUUGACCAAGGAACAACUAACAAUAAUGUCGAUUUUAACAAUAGCAAGCUAAAAAAAUCUUUUGAGGAUGUUAUCGAAGUUGAAGAAUCACUUUUACCAAAUGCAAAUCAAAGUCCAAAUGUACAAAAUACAUAUGGAAUGCGACUGGCUAACGGCAAAGGAUAUGUUUGGAAUGAUUUGGAUCCCAAACACGAGACAUUUAUUGACGUAGGAACGACAAACACGGAAGCUACAUAUGAAACAACAACUGAUUUGAUUCCAUCAACUCGUUCAACGGGUGUUACAACUUUAGCUGACGUUCAUACAAACAAACAAACAGAAGUAACUAGACCAACGACUGAGACUUCAACAACCACAGACAUGACAACGACUCUUAAAGAAAGUCCUGAAGUAUCGACAAUAAAAGACAGAGAAGAGUUAAAAACUGAACCAUCUGAGGAACUGACUACUGUAGGUAACAAAGUAACAAGCGCUGAUAAAAAUUCAAGCAGUGUACCGGAGACAAUAACUGAAACAACUGUCAAACAAACUCAGACAACAAUAGAAGUACCUACAACGACAUCAGAAGCAUCAACGCCAUCAAAUAACACAACACCAAGCAAUAAUCUUACGCCCCCAAUAACCACCACUUUAAAACCUCAAAGUGAAAUCACAACUGUUACACCACCAUCAAUAAAAACAACUACAGUUAACUACGGUAAUAACAUUACUGAAAUUACUACAACAGAGAAAAGUUCUCAGGAAACAACUACUGUAGCAGUUAUAACUACGACUCAGGUCACAUACAAUUUAUUUAAAGAAAACGACGUUCAGACAAGCGCCAAUAAGAGUAUAAAUACAUCUGAGAAUUCAAAGCCUACGUUAAACGAGACUACUUCAAAAGAAACUUAUACUACUACUUCGACACCCAAAGUAGAAUCCAAAAUAAAUUCUACAGAAAACCCUACUACUCUAGAAGCAGGGAAUACAACAACAGAAAGUAGUUUAAAAAGCAAGGCGGACGAUUCGAAGAAUUUUAAGAAACAAAAACAAGAUGCAACUAUUAAGCAGGAUUUAAAUAAGCUUUUGAAAAAGAAAGUAUUCUGGGACUGGCUUUCCGGGUGGACUGCUUCCUACAUGGAAGUCGUGAAUAAUAAUGCCACUACAGCAGAAAAUCACGAGCCAUAUAAAAGCAACAAACCCGAGGAUAGCUCCAUUAACAUAGAAGGAGAUACAAUACACGGUGAUACAGUGGACGUUACAAAUGUUUUCGUAUUUUUAAAGGACAAUACCACUCACUGGCAACCUAUUAUCAACGAAACAUUAAGUGAAAUUUCAAAAUUCAACACCGAUUUAGAAAAAAACAAAAAAAGUUCCAGUACGACAAUAGCGCCUAUUAAUCUAACAAACAGUAGCACAACUGAAAAUGCAUCAAGUGCAGCCACAGUUACUGACGCAAAUAGGACCUCGACUAAAAUAUUACAAUUAACGACACCUCUGCCAAUUUCAAAUAUAACAGAAAAAAUAUCGAAAGAGAAAGAUGGAGAAUUAGAUAAUUCAAAUGUUAAUACACCUACAGUAAGAACUACGACACAAAGUGAUAAUAGUAGUUCUACUUCAGAAAAUCCUCAAAUUACAACUACAAGCACAGCAGAAAUAAAUGUAACAACCACAAUAUUGCCAAAACACGAAAAUGACAAUUCGACAUCUACUACAUUGAUAUCCACAUCAACAAAUUUACCAACUACAACCACACCCACUACAAAUUUCAACAUAACUACAUCAACCACAACGGAGAAAACGACAACACAAAGUCCUAAGAACACAGAAACAACAUCAGCAACUUCUGUAACAGACAUGACUACUAUUGCAAACACAACACAAGUCACGCAACAACACAACACGACUACAGAAACCGAUAAUUCCACUACUGUAACAACUUCUCAACCCGACAACACAACCAAAGCACAAACACCAACCACUACCACCAGCACAACUAUUUUGACUUCUAACAAUGCUACUGAAUCUACAACAGAGUCUAUCGAUAGCAAAAAUGAAAGUACAACCAAUUCUACUAAAACAUUUACAAGUACAACCUUAGCCUCAACUAAAAUUGAUAAUUCAACUAACACAAACACGACAUCAACACAAUUGCCUAAUGAGACUAGCACAGAAUCUACAACGAACACAUCUGUAAACAGCACAAUUACAACAGUCCAAUCAACGACAGAAAUUACGACAAAUUCGAAUUAUCCAAACAGUACUUCAGAAACAUCUACAAUACCAUCUGUAUCGUUAACAACAACAUUAUCUACACCAACAAUUACAACCAGCCCAUCAGCGGCUGAGAACACAACUAAUUCAAAUACGGUACCAAUAACAGCCAACAGUGGAACGAACGCCACAACAGAACCGCCUACAAGUAAAGACGUUAGUUUGCCUGCAGCUACAACAGCGCCUCCUAAUAAUUCUACAACUAAUGCAACUACGGAAUCAACAGUAAAAUCUACUAUAAACCUUGAUGGGAGUACAAAAACUUCUGGAAAGAAAAAUUCUACCUUAGUAGAUGAUAGAAGUACUACUAUUAGUAACGCAACGGACACACCUCAUAGUCUAGAUAACACUACGCCGAUGACAAGUACAAAUUCGACUUCUACGACAUCUACAACGGUUGCCAGUACGACGGCAAAAUUAAAAAGAAAAAGAUAG